AUGGCGAACGACGUGGAUGUAAAAUCAAUAAUGUCGAUAUCAUCCAAAUCGGAGGGUAGCACUGCACCUAUUACUCGAACUAAGUUGAAGAAUGCUCCACUUCACGAAAGAUGUGCUAUACCUGAUAUGGUGAAAAUUAAGGAACUGUUUCAAGCAGCGUAUAGAAACAAAAUGUUGCCCAAUGAAUUCAGAAACCUACUACGGACGCUUCUAAACGUCGAGUAUGAUGAUGAUGAAUUCAAAAUACUAUUUCUAAAAAUAAAUACUUCACGAGAGGGUGAAAUAGAUUGGGAUGAGCUGGUGUCGCAUUUACUUCUGGGCUACUUCCUCAACGAUCCGGAGAAUGAGCGGGCUUCUCUGCAGUUACCCAUAAUGGGACUUCCCACCGUGAUGCGUUCGCAACAUCGUCAUCCCAUUUCUCGCAUAUGCUUCUGCCCGGAUGUUGCCAAGGACCGUAGCACAAACAACCUGACUGGGAACUAUAUUACGGCGAGUCGCGAUGGCAUGAUUAACUGGUGGUCGCUUGACAUGACACUUUUACGCACGGCUUUCUCAUCAAGUCCUCACCUGAAAGUCCGCACUACUUGGGUUACGGACAUGGUAUGCAUGCCUGACGUAAACAUAAUAGUCACGAGUUCUACGGAGCGGGAUUUACGCUUUUACGAUUGUACAGCCAAAACCUUCACAUUGAAGAUCGUCAUCACGAGUUGGGAAUAUAUGAUUUGCACAAUGUAUUACCAUUUUCACCAAGACAUAAGUGAGAAAUGCACGUUGAUUUGCGGUGACGUAGGCGGCAACGUCCGUGUACUGCAAUUCUCACCCGUGGAUCGUGGGCCUUUCCGCAACCAAGCUGGUAGAGCACUUGUGCAGUUGCGACACAUCGACUUGCAACGGCGGCCCCAUCUGCUGGCUGAAAUGAAGCUGACAGAGUUACGUGGAGUUCACAGUGAAUGGGUACGACAAGUGUCGUACUACGCUUCCCUGCAUUGCAUAGUAUCCUGCGCCACGUGCCCAGACUCACUGCUUAUGUGCGACCUCGCCGGAUCCAAGACGCAUAACAUGUUCCGUCUCGACAAAGGUAUUCAAUGCUUCGCCUUCGAUGAAGAAGCACAUGUUCUAGUGACGGGGGGGCCAGACUGCUCGGUGCGUGUGUGGAACCCUUUCGUGCCCAGUAAGGCCAGCGCAGCCUUGCACGGCCAUCACGCGGGUAUUGUCGCACUCGUGUUGCAGAACCGUGCCAGCAUCGUAUAUUCUUUAUCGCGCGACCGAGUGAUCAAGGUCUGGGAUGUCCAGGGUCAGAAUUGCGUACAGACGUACAUCGACAUUCCGGCUCAGGUGGGAGAGCGCACGCCCAUCUCAUGCGUUUAUAACAGCGCAACACGCGAGUUGAUCCUAGCUGCCAUCAAAAUAGCCGUAUUGGUGCUGGACGAACAGAUCAAUCCGCACCACACUGACGGGUUCACACACUCUCGAGCUGUAGCACGCAUUCUCUACAACCCACUCUUUAAGGUCAUCAUUACCUGUGGUAUGGACAGCAUCAUCAUCAACUGGGAUCCUCUCACUGGUAAGCGCAACGUGCUCAUACGAGAGGCGCAUACACGACUUCUGCACGGUGAGUUGAUCCCAGUGGAGAUCACGGCAGCCUGCUUCGAUCCCGGUGAUCAGUUGCUGCUCACCGGUGCAAGGAACGGGACGCUUAAAGUGUGGAACUUCAAUACGGGAGUGUGUUUGAAGGAAAUGACGAUAGAGCACAUGUGUGAAGUGACCAACUGUUUCUGGGUGGAAGGACGAAUCCUGGCUGUGGGUUGGAACCGGCACGUAACAGAAUUCGAAGAAGGUGGAACCCAGCGUACAGGAAAGUCGUGGGAGACGCGGCACACUGAUGACGUGCUAGCUGCUGCUGCGCGAUCACCUAUGACCCUCGCUACUUCGUCAUACAAUUCAGAGCUAAUAUUUUGGAAAUUGGAGACUGGACAACCGUAUCGGAGAUUUUCAUGCACGGAACCGAUGCUGCGUAUCAAGAUGCAGUAUAGCAAACGUGCUGCCUCCCCUCACGCCGCUGCAGGGUCAUCUGCUCAUCGUGGCUCUUCUAUACUACGACGACCUAGCAUGGGUGGUGCGCGUGAUUCGGUAAUCGAUGCGGCGUCUGCGAUGGAGAAGGCCCGCGCUCGACGCGUUUCUGCGGUGAGCUUACCGGCCCGUGCGCAAGUGAUGCGUCAACUCGCCGUACACGCUAUGGUCUUCCUGCAGAGACGCCCCGUGCACAUGCACGUUGCGACUCUGAUGCUGUCGCUGGAAAACGGGCAAGUGCAAUGCUGGUCGGAGCAUCCAGCGGGUGGGAUCCAGGGUGCGUUUCAGGGCAUUCACACUGCCGGAGACUACGUGUCUGCCUUUACGACUGAUGUCGACAAUAACUAUCUUUUCACCGGCACCACAGUUGGCUAUAUCAAAGUGUGGCUCAUGACUAACUACCUCACCCAUGAAAAGACGCACAUCAGUAUGCCAAAGUUGCGGCUGAAGUUUCCGUUCCUUUGGCGGGAUCGCAUCGAAGGACGCGCCAAACGAUGCGUCAGAGACCAACCGCUGCCUCUGCUACUCAACAGCUACAAGGCGCACCUGCGCUGCGUCACUAGUCUCGCCUACGUCGACCAUUUGGAGUUACUCUUCAGUGGUUCGUCAGACUACAGCGUUCGCGCAUGGCGGCUUUCUGGUGAAUACGUAGGCACGUUGGGAAGCUUCGUGCCGUGGUCGCUCACGGACACGCGCUUCCCUCCAGAUGUUCAAAAGGUCGCCAGCUUCACUACUUUCAAGGUGUGGCGAGGAGGGUGGGUGUCUCGCUACGUGCCAGGGCAGGUGGAGAUAGACAAGCUUCGCGAUAUCACGGAACUGGAGCUGCGCACGCGCACUUUCGGUGAACCUCCACCGCCGCCGUUGCUGGGAGAUUACUUCGCGCUGCCCAAGCGUCCCGAUGCACACCAGACUAUUCGUCUCGACGAUUCACUGCAAACGAUUCCGCUAUACGCGCACCUACGCAUGGCAUCGACCCAGCCCGUUCGGCGGCCGCCAACCCCAGAACUUGUGCGAGCCACGCGAUUAAAGCGAGCCCCUGCCCGACGCCCACACUUCGAACCACCAGCGCCUCCACAGUAG